AUGGCUGCUACGCCUGCUCCCCGCAAGUCGGCCUCCAGGAUUGAGAUCCAGCUCCCCACUGCUGCUGGUCUCCGGAGUGAGCGUGCUCUGCGUCGCAGCCAGUACUCCAUGGCGCCCAUCAAGCGCAAACGAUCCGACAAUGGAGACGGCGAUGACGAUGACGACGAAGAGUACUCCGACAAUGAUCGCGAUGCCAGUGUCGCUCGCCGUCUGCAAAAGGAGGAGAAUCGCAGAGGUUCCAAAACUGCUCGACUUUCAGAUGCCGACCUUGCCAGACGCCUCCAGGAAGAGGAGUACGAUAUGGACGAAGUCAAUGCCCCAACCGCUUCUCAACAAGGCCGACGCAGCGUGACUUCUGCCAAAGCCCUCGCCACAGAUAGUGAAGACGAUAUGUCGGAAGACAUGUCCUUUGCUGCUCGAACCAAACCCAGCGGUCAAGGCCGUAGCAGGCUUGUCAAGAAGAAGAACAUCUCUUUUGCGCAGCCACCCACAAAGAAGCAGAAGGACUUGUCUUUUGCCUCUGACGACGAGGAUGAACUGGUGGGUUCUAUGGACGAGGAUGAUGACUUUGACCUGUCGUCAGAGAAAGACGAUUCGGACUACGACUUUGACGACAACCCCAAGACGUCGACGAGCAAGGGCAAGAAUCCUGUUAGAGAGACCAGAUCCACGGCUUCCUCCUCAGCACAGCCGCCUGCGACAUCAGGUCCGUCAAGGCGGGACGGACAAAGGCAGAGGGAGGAGGAAGACAUUCUGGAAGGCCAAGAUGAUGAUCUUUCAAGCCUUUCGAGCUACGUCACCAAUGUCACUGACGACGCUUCAGCCGCUGCGGCCGCCUCGACCGCGUCCGAUAGUGAUGGGCGUCUUCAGAACGCCGUACGUAGGCAGUCCCGUGGUCGACGCGCCCUUCAACGUGGCUCUAGGCGGCGAGGUCAGCUCGAGCGUGACAGACUGGAACAGCAGCACCCUGAGCUUCUGACCAUGUGGCAGGAGCUUGAGGCUUUGCCGCCUCUGCGACCGGAGAAUAUCGCCCAGCCCAAGCAAAUCUCGCGCCAGCUCAAGCCUUUCCAGCUUGCAGGCGUUGCGUGGAUGAUUGCCAUGGAGCAGUCCGACUACAAAGGCGGCCUCCUCGGCGAUGAGAUGGGCCUUGGCAAGACCAUUCAGGCGGUGUCUCUGAUAAUGUCGGAUUUCCCCUGCAAGAAGCCAUCUCUAGUCCUGGUCCCUCCCGUCGCCUUGAUGCAGUGGCAGUCCGAGAUUGCCUCCUACACUGACGGCACGCUCAAGACAUUCGUCUACCACGGUUCCCUGUCCAAGGCAAAGAACGUAAGCCUUAAGGAGCUGAAGAAAUUCGAUGUCAUUAUGAUGUCCUACAACAGUCUGGAGUCGAUGUACCGCAAACAGGAAAAGGGCUUCGCUCGCAAGGACGGCAUCUACAAGGAGAAGAGUCUGAUCCACCAGAUCGACUUCCAUCGCAUCAUUCUCGAUGAGGCUCACUGCAUCAAGACCAGGACCACCAUGACGGCAAAGGCCUGCUUCGCCCUCAAGACAACCUUCAGAUGGUGCUUGACUGGCACACCGCUCCAGAACCGCAUUGGCGAGUUCUUCUCUUUGAUCCGCUUCCUUCAGGUCAAGCCCUUCGCUUCGUACUUCUGCAAGCAGUGCCCCUGCUCUACUUUGGACUGGGACCUCGACGAGGAUCACAGAUGCCGUCGUUGCCAUCAUAUCGGCAUGCAGCAUACUUCCGUGUUCAACCAGGAACUACUCAUUCCGAUUCAGAAGUGGGGCAACCGCGGAGAAGGUGCAGAUGCCUUCCGGAAGCUCCGUACGAUGACCGACCGCAUCAUGUUUCGCCGCCUGAAGAAGGAUCACACUGAUUCCAUGGAGCUUCCAGUCAAGGAGAUCUAUGUCGAUCGUCAAUUCUUUGGUGAGGUGGAGAACGACUUUGCGAACAGCAUCAUGACGAACGGGCAGCGCAAGUUCGACACCUACGUCGCUCAGGGUGUGUUGCUCAACAAUUACGCCAACAUCUUUGGUCUCAUUAUGCAGAUGCGCCAGGUUGCCGAUCAUCCUGAUCUGAUCCUCCGGAAGAAUGGCGAAGGCGGCCAGAACACGCUCAUGUGCAACCUAUGCGACGAAGUCGCCGAGGAUUGCAUCAGGAGCCGUUGCAAGCACGACUUCUGCCGCGCCUGUGCUAGAACGUGGCUCGCGGCCAACGAUCAACCCGACUGUCCCCAGUGCCACAUCCUCCUGGCCAUCGACUUGGAGCAACCCGAGAUCGAGCAGAACGAGGCUGAUGUCAAGAAGUCAUCGAUUAUCAAUCGAAUUAAGAUGGAGGAUUGGACUUCGUCGUCCAAGAUUGAGCUUCUCGUCCACGAGCUCCACAAGCUUCGCUCCGACAACGCGUCCCACAAGUCUAUCAUCUUCUCGCAGUUCUCGUCCAUGCUUCAACUCAUCGAGUGGCGUCUCCGCCGUGCUGGUAUCACCACUGUUAUGCUGGACGGUAGCAUGAACCCUGCGCAACGUCAAGCGUCCAUCAACCACUUUAUGACCAAGAUUGACUGCGAGUGCUUUCUCGUAUCUCUCAAGGCUGGCGGUGUUGCCCUGAACCUCACGGAGGCGUCGCGCGUCUUCAUCGUUGACCCCUGGUGGAACCCCGCGGCCGAGUGGCAGUCGGCUGACCGAUGCCACCGCAUCGGCCAGACACGCCCUUGCACUAUCACCCGUCUCUGCAUCGAGGACUCGGUCGAAAGCCGCAUGGUGCUGAUCCAGGAGAAGAAGACCAGCAUGAUUAACUCCACUGUCAACGCUGACGAUAAGGCCAUGGAGUCACUGAGCCCAGAGGAUAUGCAGUUUCUCUUCCGUGGAUCUUGA